AUGGUGUCUAUCACGGCCGUACGGGACAACAACUGCGCCAUCCCUCGUCUCUACGGGUCUAAUCUGGUGGCGGUUUUUGUCGGUGGAACGAGCGGGAUAGGCGAAUCGACAGCGCGCGCAUUCAUACGCAAUACAACCGCCUCCCGUGCCUAUUUGAUUGGGCGCGACCAGACAAGAGCAAGCCGCAUCAUCGACGAACUACGGCAGAUCAAACCAGACUCGCGGAUUGAGUUUAUCAAGGCGGAUGUGUCUCUUCUACGGGAGGUCGAUGAGGUUUGCAAAAAUAUUAAGAAGGAAGAGGAUCGAUUGAAUCUGUUGUUUUUGAGCCCGGGGACUGGGGCGUUGAGCGGGCGUGAUGAUACUAGCGAAGGACUGGACAAAAAGCUAACCCUCCACUAUUAUGCCCGGAUGCGGUUCGUGGCGAAUCUCCUCCCGCAGCUUGUAAAGGCUGGCGAAGAACAACAGCCGCACCGGCUCUCGCGUGUGGUAUCGGUACUUGAAGCUGGAGGCGAAGCAGCACUUCAUCUAGACGAUCUUUCUCUCGAAACCCAUUAUUCGCUCCGCAACUGCGCAAAACAUGCCAUUACCAUGAACUCCGUUGCAAUGGAGCAUCUGGCUGCAUUGUACCCCCAGACUUCAUUUGUUCACUCUUUCCCCGGAGUUGUGCGGACACGUCUAGACCGGGACCUGAGUGGUAUUGCCAGGAGUGCAAUGAGCACCUUGAUAUUUCUCGCCCGGCCUUGGGAGAUUUCAUUUGAGGAAAGCGGGGAGAGACAUCUGUAUGCAGCGACAAGUCUGCGGUUCGCAUCGCAGAUGUGCGGAGACAAGGUGGAUGCUGCCGAAGGUUCGAAUGGGAUGAUUGGGAGUGGCUUCUAUCGGCUUGAUUCCACCGGAUCGACCUAUAAACCCAGUCGAAUCAUGCAGGUUUAUCGUGAGCAAGGGGUGAGAGGGCUCAUCUGGGACCACACACUCUGUGUCUUUGAGAGAGUUCGCGGGGGUUUUGAGACUUGGGUCAUGACGAAGUAG